ACCUAGAUAUUGUCCCACACUCAUGUUGUUAUAAAAUUGAUGAGCGACCACCUAGUCUUUCACCACAACUUGCAUCACAAUUCUCAAUUAUCGCGUUCAUCUCUCUCUCUUUUCUCCCCCAAGAAAUUUUAGAUUGAACACAGUUCAGGUUUUCAAAAAUUAUAAAGGUGAUCGAUCGCAUAGCUCGUAUAUGUCAACAAAAAUGGAGAAUAAUUCCCUGAGCAGCCACGAACAAGAGCUGAAUUUGAAGGAUACGGAACUAAGGUUGGGUUUGCCCGGAAGUGAUGAGCCUGAUACACGUUCUGUUAUUAGAAGCAACAAGAGAUCUUCACCAGAAGCCAGUGAUGAGUCCAUAAGCAAGAGUCUCAUGAAUUCUAAUGGCUCUGAUAUCACAAAUGAUGAUGAUGAUCAAGACAACGUCCCACCCGCAAAGGCACAGGUAGUGGGGUGGCCACCAAUUCGAUCUUUUAGGAAGAACACUCUGCAAGUACAAGAAAAGAAAGGAGAAGAAGGUGAAGGGAGUGGGAUGUAUGUGAAAGUGAGCAUGGCGGGUGCACCUUACUUGAGGAAGAUGGAUCUCAAGGUUUACAAGAGCUACCCAGAACUCCUUAAGGCCAUGGAAAAUAUGUUCAAGUGCACAUUUGGUGAAUAUUCAGAAAGGGAAGGGUACAAUGGAUCUGAAUAUGCUCCAACUUAUGAAGACAAAGAUGGUGACUGGAUGCUGGUUGGAGACGUUCCAUGGAACAUGUUCGUGUCAUCCUGCAAGAGGCUGAGAAUUAUGAAAGGAUCCGAAGCAAAGGGGUUGGGUUGUUUUUGACCCAAAAAAGGAAAGCAAGACCAUAUCCAUAUCCAAACAUGGAGUAAAGCAUUUUACAGUGACAUCAUCCAAGAGAAUUUCCUCUGUUUGGAUUGAGCAAAUUAACAUGCGCUUAGCCUCUGUGACUGGUCAUAUUUAGCUGAUUAAAAGACAUACGAACGCACUACACCAAUUUCAUUUCCUUUAUUGAUUUGUUUCAACAGCUAGGCGGCUUUUUGGCCUGCUUCAUUAUGUAUACUGUUCUCCUCAAAGC